CCUCGCUGCCGCCGCCGUCGGUCUGCGGUGUCCGCCGGCGCGCAGGCGGGUGAGGCGCUCUCGGGGCCGCGUCCCCAGAGUGGGUCUUUGUGAAGGAGAGGACCCUCCCUGAGAGAAGGGGAAAGGAGGACACUGUUUUAAAGGCGGGUCAUUUCUCAGGCAGAUGUUUUAGCAGAGAAAAUAUGUCAGAAGUUAAGGAGCACGAGGUUGAUUCUUUUAAAUUAUCCUGCCUUGGUUCCCUUGGGCGGUGGUCGCGUGAGCAUACCUCAGGGAGACGAGUCCUGUGAAGUGCAGGUGCAGCGCUGUGCCGGAGGACGCUGUGUGACUUUAGGAGCAAGUGAACAUUCUCUGAGUCUCAGCCUCCGCCGCUUUAAAAUGAGCAUUAACAUGUUUUGUGUUGAGAAGCCUGGUUUUCAGCACAGCUGGGGACAGAUUGCACUUCUUUUCCAGUUUCUUGACUUGAAACCUUACAUUAUUGAUUUUAGUUCUUUCCUCUCCACUGAUAGAAGCAUUCAGAGCCAAGUUUCCCUCUAAGCAGUGCGUUAGCUGCUCCCCGUGGUUGUGGGAGCCAUGGCAUCUUUGAGGCUUUUCUCAGCAAGCCCCCGGGCCGUGUUGGAGGGUCUGGGAUGCUGGACCUUGCGGCCCGCCUCCCCCCGGCUGUUCUCGCUCUGCUGUGUGGACUGCGCCAAGCACCAGGAAUCCCCCGGAAAGAAACUGCUCUCUGAGAAAAAACUGAAAAGGCACUUUGUGGACCACCGCCGCGUGCUUGUCCGUGGGGGGCGCGGAGGCGAUGGGGUGACCUGCUUCCACAGCGAACCCCGGAAGGAGUUUGGAGGCCCCGACGGUGGCGACGGAGGCAGCGGCGGCGCCAUCAUCCUGAGAGCUGACCGACAGGUGAAGUCGCUGUCAUCGGUCCUGUCGCGGUACCAGGGACUCGACGGGGAGAAUGGUGGCAGGAAGAACUGCUUUGGGCGAAGCGGCGGGCCCCUGCACAUCCGGGUCCCCGUGGGCACACUGGUGAAGGAGGGGAGUGAAGUCCUGGCUGACCUCUCGCACCCGGGCGACGAAUACAUCGCGGCUCUGGGCGGGGCAGGAGGGAAGGGCAACCGCUUCUUCCUGGCCAACGACAACCGUGCACCCACGACUUGUACCCCCGGGCAGCCCGGCCAGGAGCGCGUCCUCUUCCUGGAGCUCAAGACAGUGGCCCAUGCUGGGAUGGUUGGGUUCCCCAACGCAGGGAAGUCCUCGCUUCUCCGGGCCAUUUCCAAUGCGAAGCCCGCAGUGGCUUCCUACCCGUUCACGACCCUAAACCCCCACGUCGGGGUCGUUCACUACGAGGACCACCAGCAGAUCACAGGCCUGCCACCCAAAUAUUUCAAAGCAAGACGGGAAGCCAAACCGCCUCGGAUGGCAGUUGGCCAGAUGAGCCAACGAGGCGUGGCCGACAUCCCCGGCCUCAUCCGCGGUGCACACCAGAACAGGGGCCUGGGCUUCGCCUUCCUCCGGCAUAUCGAGCGCUGCCCCUUCCUCCUGUUCGUGGUGGAUCUCUCGGUCCUGGAGCCCUGGACGCAGGUGGACGACCUCAAGCAGGAGUUGGAGAAGUACGCAGAAGGCCUGUCCCGCAGGCCUCACGCCAUUGUGGCAAAUAAGAUCGACCUCCCUCAGGCCAGGGCCAGGCUGCCCCAGCUGCGGGCCCGCCUGGGCCAGGGGGCCAUCGCUCUGUCAGCAGCCACUGGCGAGAACCUGGAGGAGCUGCUGCUGCGUCUGAAGGAGCUGCACAACGGCCAUGUGGCCAAGGGGCUGGAGCUUGGCCACCAGCCGCUCCGCUCGUAGCGCUAGGGGGUUGCUGGGGCCUCUGCCCACAAAGGCCACUGACUGGGAAUGCACAGCACUGGGUGGAGAUGAGAAGGUGCUUCAAAGACUCGGAGGUGUUGGUGCAUCUGCCUUCCCGCCAGCCUGGGGCUCCCCCCACCACCGCGCCCCUGCCCUGGGCCCCCGCUAAUUGGCAGGGACCACACAGCUGGCUGGUGUUGCCGAAGCUGCCGAGUGCACAGAAGACAGCCCAGCGGACAGAGCCACGUUCCCAACGUUGGCCCGGGUGGUGGCAGCUAUCACAGAGGUUGACACACCCCGUGGAGCUCAUUUUGCCCUGAUGCUUGUCUGCUGCAUGAGGCUGGAGGACAGGGAGUGUUUACCGGUGCUGAGCACUGCAGGUGCAGGAGCGCCGUCUGAAGGCAGCGACAGGGCCACCCCCACCCCCACGUUGUCCCCAUGGCACUGCGCUCCGCGCAAGCCGGGCUUCACAACUGAAUGCUCCCAAUAUCCGACCCAGGGACACUGACCUGCUCAGUAGGAGCGAGCGGGUUAUUAGCUGCGGGCAGGGAAUCGGAGCCCUGUCUCCCGUGGUGGCUGGAGUGGAGAGAAAGCACAGGUGCCGUCUCCCAGAGAUGCUGUGGGGCUGGAUUUGUGCUCCACUGUCCUUGUGACCUGAAGAGAAUGCUGGCCCUGGCCCCACUGACCGCUGCGGUGGUUCAGAGAACCCCUGGGUCGUCCAGGUCAGAGUUAACCCUCAUGGCCAGAGUGACGGCAACUGCGAGGCUGCCGCGUGGCUCCAGGCCUUGACGGGGCCGCAGCUGUGUCCUCGUGUCCCCGUGUCCCCUGCCUGCACAGCAGCUGCCGGCCUGCAGGUCCAGUAAAAUAGUCCAGGACUUCUGUUUCCCCCAAAUAAAGUCUGCUGCCUCUGA